GCGCAAAUUCACAAUAAUAUUGCAUUGUGGAGGUGCAAAACGCUUCCUUGCCCUUGACUAUUCGUCGAGCUGCGAGAUCUGCAGGUCUCACCUCGACACACCAACUGAAGCCAUUGCAGGAUUUAACUAAGGGAGUAAAUUGCGAAGUGAAACAUCCGGGGAUGCAUCGAAGAUCUGUUGAACUCGGAUCGCGUACCGAAAGGCCGAGCUCCAUCAGGUUGUGAGCGUUGCGUCGGCAGUCAGGCGUAUACAUACUAGACAGCAUAUAAGAUACUUUUCAAACCGUAAUGAGAAUGUUUAGUCCUCAUAUUUGGAGCAUCGCACUGCUGCUGCUGGUCCUCAACCGAGGCCUAGUAAUCGCGCAGAGCACUGCCAGCUCCAGUACAGGCGCACCUUACCUACAAGACAGUGGGGGCGAUGCCCCUCCAGCUCCCACUGGCAGGCGCUCAUCAACACUUGCAGAUGCCCAAUCUGAACCCAAGGGCAAGACGGUCUGCCCCAAGCUCUCAGUGGACAGGUCAGAGCUGGAGAGGGGGUUCACGUAUCUAGAAGGGGGCCUCGACUGGGACAACUCCACUUGGUCCUGCACCAGCGGCGUGCUGCAGUCCCCCAUCAACUUCCCCAGCCUUGAAUCAAACAUCUCUUAUGGGCAAGUGGUCCCGCAGAAAGCAGCCACCUUCACCUUGGGCACAGCUAAUAUCAGCCUGGUCAGAACCACGUCAGCCUAUCGCGUCCAAGUGGAGGCAGAUUGGUCUGGGACCAACGUGAGCAUCCCUGUCUGCGGUGGCAAUGUGGGCUGCUUCAACAAGAAUCAGAGUGUGCCAGCAGAGUUCUACAACGCCACAAUCCAGAAGAUCCACUUUCACAUCCCUUCUGACCACUUCAUUUAUGGUGUGCAGUAUCCGCUGGAGGCUCAGGUCAUCAUGACCAUCUCUCAGGAUGACCUGUCAACAUGCCCUUCCAAGGGGUGCCAGAUAGGGCUGGGCGUCUUGUUUACCCUCUUUGACGAUGCAGAAAAGAUCAACCCAUUUUUGGAUUCCAUCAUCCCCUACAUUCCCUACAGUGGCGCGGGCUGCAUUGGCCUUCCAACAACAGUCACACUCGAUGGCGCGGACCUGCUGCCGAGCAACACCUCAUACUUCACUUACAGGGGAAGCUUCACGGCGCCACCGUGUACAGAGGGGCUGACUUGGUACGUGCUGGCCACUCCCAUGAAGGUGGGACAGCAGCAGGUGAUUGCCUUCCAGAACGCGAUGGCGCAAAUUCAGCGGCCGUGCGGCGAGGGCCGAAUCAGCAAGGCAUCUAAGAAGAAGGCCGAUAGCGGCAAGCGGCACCUGCUGCAGUCAAGUAAAAGCAACAACAAUAACAAUAACGACAACAUCGACACUUCGAGCAACGACGCAGUCUGCGUGGUGACGGGCACUCGCAGCAACAACAGGCCGGUGCAGCCGCUCGGCACGCGCAUCGUCAACUUCUUCCGAGAUGACACCAACGGCACCGACGCAGCAUCGACCUGA